AUGUCAGCUGCACCCUCAGGGGAUCUUGCUCCCUGCCCUACAAAGAUCAACAUCAAGCUUAAAAGGCCAACCGAAUCCGAUUCAAUGCAAGCCUCCUCUACGCUUACGAAAGAGCUAACCGGUCAGACGAAGGCUACCAAACUUAAUGCUGAGACGGAUUCAAAUCUCAGCGCCGAUGGGGAUGCCUCACCAUAUUCUGAAAGCGAGGUGGACGAAACCAAAUGGAAGAGGAAGUUUGCUGAGAGGAAGAGGGAGGCGGAAGACUUGGAGGACGUCAACAAUCUCAACAACAACAAGCUGGAAAUCCCCGAUUGGGACACCAUCAUGCAACAUCCCGAUUUCAACCCCAAACUGCCUGUACGCCAAUGGGGGGCUCACGCUUACUCCUUAGGACUGGCCAAACAACUUAUGGUUGUAAAGUUCAUGAUCAACAACGCCUGGCAGUCGCAGACUCUUGUGAGGAAAUGGCAGAAGAUGGGCCGAGCAAUUGCCAAGGAGGGCAAGAAAAUUCAAUCUAAAAAAUAUGCUAACAAGCCCGGUUCGCUGUGGAUUGAAUAUCCAGAUGACAAACAAAACGAGAACACGGACUCCGGUGAUGAAGACGAUGAGGAUACAAAUGAAGCAGUUUCAGAAGAUGCAUCAAACAGGCGCGCCACGAAACCUUCUGUCGACAAAUCACCAACCCCUGGUGAUGAAUCCCCAGCGAGUGAAUCCUGCGAAACCUCCAACGCCUUUCUUGCAAAAUUAAAACGUGUCUCUGCGUUAUCUAUCAAGUCGAGUCGCCCUGCCACCAACACGACUACCGCUACUACAUCUGCCCCUCUAGCUCGCACGCGAAAAAGGAUUGUCAUACCCGAUCAUUCAGAACAAGGCUCUGAGUUACCUCAAAGGUCUAGUCGGUCUACCACCCACCCGGCUACCCACUCGGCCCCUCUAGCUCAAACGAAAAAACGCACAAACUCUCUCGAGCUGGCCCCAGAAUCUGCGAGCGCCCCAAAAAAAGGUCGAACCUGUGCGAAACUCCAUGAAGUUAGUGAAGCCAUACGGACUAUACUAGUAGUUUCCGAGUUCCAUUCUACCUUCCCCUUAGCUCAACCUGGAAACCGUAUCUUUUUGGCAUUGCAUGAACCAUCUGGGACCAGUCUCUUCCGCCAAGAUCCUGAAGAACGCGCCCUCGAUCUCCAGAGGAAUCUUGAUUUGUGGUUGCCGGAUAAUGACCUUGAGAACACGAUUCAACUAGGCGAAUACGGCCUUAACACGGUUAUUUCGUACAUUGAAAAAUUCCGGAACAAUCCUUUUUGGCCUGUCGAGGGAGAACAAAGACUGCUUCCAAAACUCUCCCGAAUUUCCGAAUUGUUGAUCAAUUCGGCGACCUUUCGAGACUGGCAAAUUAGGGACUCACCCAGCCCUACACCCUCCACGCAUUCAGAUCAACCUGUGAGGAAUUCCAAUAUGACUCAUGAGGAACCAACAAACGAGAUGACGACCACGGCGCCAGACCAUCCACCCAAUCUCAACACAUCGCUCAAUAAAAUUGAUCAUGUGGAACCACAGUCAAUGGUUGUACCAUCCACAUUAUCAGCUCCCGUGAUUAAUGUUUCACCUAUGGACUCGACUACGAACACUGUUGAACUUCUCAGAGUGUGGAAAGACCCAGAACAUCCAAAAAUUGAUAUCCGGUGUUCUUCAGUAACCUUUAAAAAGGAAACCGUGAAAGAUUGCAUGCUGAUGCAUGAAGCCUGUAAACGAUUGCUCCUGGGCCGCUUGUCAGCUAGCUUCACAUCGUAUGAUCCUAAUGAGCGCAGUAAAGGAAGUGAAAGGUUAUAUUUUAGUAAACAUGUGAAACUAAGUGAAUGGGUAGCUCUCAAACAAAACGAUGGUCUUUUCCAUCCUGGUUGUGAAUGCCCUUGGUUCGAAGACGAAAUCUUGGACUGGAAUUAUAUAGACUUCGAAUCUGGCGAAAAUCCAAGUAGUGACGUUCAAGAGAAGUCACUGUGCUACACCCUCAAUCACAUGCGAAAUGUGAAGAAGUCUCGCAUGGAGACGGCAGGCAAAUUUAUACUGGCGGCUGUGGGACUAGUUGGCACCAAAGGUGGCCCUAUUGAGCCGAUUGCGGAUCUGGAGCAUUACAAUCUUUCACAAUUGGAUGUGAAAGAAUCUUUUCAAUGUGCAGUCCACUAUCAAAAACUACAAAUGGACGACAACAGCAACAAUAAUCAUAUUCAAACUGUGGAAAUGAAUUGCAUCAAACAGCUGACUAAACUAGUUGAUUCAAUUUACGGAUGCAUUGAAGCCCUGGCGGUGAUUCGAGCUCAUAAUUUUCACUACAAAUGUAAUGAAAAACUUCAAGGCGAACAAAAAGGAAUGGAUGCUACUUUUCGUCAAGUUUCUUCUACCGUUGGCCUGAGAACACAAGCUUUGGCGCCUCUUGUUUCAUUUCUUUGUCUGGGAUUCAAGGGGCUGCUCACUUACUGGCGCAAUCCAUCACGGACAUACAAGACCGGUCUUAUUCAGGUUUUACUGGUAACUGCACGCAUGAAGAGUUACGAUUUUGUUGAAGAACCUAUCUGGAAACGAACAGCAAAUCUGGUGAUGACUACGAUAUCAAGGGCUCUAUUCCCCAACGGCAACAUUGACGAUGGAGUAGAUCGAUCAUCUUGGGACCGCGUGAUUUGCAAGAGGCAAGAUGUUGCCCUUGCAAUGUACCUAGACGUUUCGGAUUUCUUUCAGUACUCUUCUGUUUCUGAUUCUCUUAUCCCGCCAUACAUGCUUCCCGUAUAUGAAGCAUUGGCACCUGACGAGACUGAUCCACAUGAAUAG